AUGGCACCUCCCAAGCCGUGGCAGGCGUCGUCGUCAUCAUCCACCGGCGGCGGCUCGACGGUGGCAACAGUCACCCAAGUUACGUCUGAUGCUGACCAGCAGGCCCUUCCUGAUACCACGUCUGGUAUAACACCAGCUGCAUCACCUAGUACGACGAUGUACCCUACUAGUGGGUACGGCUUAUACGGUGGAGGGACCACGGGCUUGUAUGGUGGAGGUAGUGCUGGGGGCCUCUAUGGAGGAGGAGGAGGGUCCAUGUAUGGCGGCUACGGAGGUGGCCUUUACAGUGGGGUGUCCUAUGGCUACCCUGGAGGGCUUAUGGGGGCACCAGGGCAGCAGCAAGAGCUGUGGUUCACCAACACGGCUGAGUCCUUGGGUCGAUUUAAUCAGAUGUUGGAGAUGCAUACCAUGUUCCUGGACCAGAUCUAUCACCAUUGUGGCAUGGUCUAUGCCCGUACCACUGACCUAGUGUCCUGGUUGAGGGGGGUCCUUACUUACGUCAAGUCAGGCAAGCUCGAGGAGAAUAAUAUAGAAUCGAUAUUGGAUAGGCUCGGGCAGUCCCACCGGACCCCCCAAGAUGAACUCACCGCCAUCCGACGCCGCGUGCGUGUGUUGUCGGCCUUUGCAGUACUGUUGGUUCUUUGGCUGUUAUGGAGGCGUCAGUCCCGGCCUGUAACUGAUGGUCGCGGAAGCAGCGACAGGCCACAUCAUCGGGCAAAGGCUUGUUUGAGAAGACCAUCCCUGCCGAUGGGCGGUCAUGGCGACCAAUCUCUGGUCAUCCACGUGGCCACGUUGGAGCUGCUAUGUCAGAGCCUUCCGAGGCCUCGACUAUUGCCUAGUUCGGAACCUGGGAGUCUAGUUGACAGCGUAACCUCUGCUGCUGCACAGUACUACAUUGGUGACGAUAGCAUAUACCUAGCGUUCCAACCCUAUACUGGCUCGGAUGAGGCAAUACCUGGUCAAGGGGUGGAGACCAAUACCAAGACUCUACCAAAGAACAUCAAGACAGUGGACUUCAACGACGACGUGUCGCUAUCAUUGCCAGCAAGCCUUGGAGAUGUCCGUCAGGUCAGACUAUGUCUCUAUCGUCGUGGGAUUAUGGACAACGAGGUCCUAGCGGAUGCGCUGGUAGCUGUCCCGACCACUACGGAGGUGGCCGAGUCCAGUAUCAUCCUGAUAUCGAAAAGUGAGGGCACUCCCAUGUUCCGACUACUGCUGUCCAUCCAGCUGGUCGUCACUGAACGGCUCGUCAUGGUGCACUUCGCCGAGGAGUUGAAGAAGCUCGUUGCCGCCCAAGCUGUGAUGGCCAUAGGGAAGCCUCCUGACGAGACCACUGCGGCUGAACGGACUCGAGAGACCGUGGCGUCUAUACAGAGGCUGGUAUUCCUGCUUCUGUGUUGCCAUGUAUAUCUAACGGCCACGAGUACUUCAGAGUUCACCUCCCCCAAUGAGGUCGAUGCUAACCUCGCUUUCAUCAAGGAGCAAGCCGACACCUUAGCGCAUGCUUCCGAGGCUUUGGCGACUCGAGUGUCCUAUCGAGCUGCCUUGCUCGUAUGUGCAUGCGUGCUGUUCUUAUCACCGAGACCUCAUGUUACUAUAUGCGUCGUUAUUAUCCUCUCCCACACCUACUGGGCACAGGCUCUCUAUGAGACUUUCAAAUGCAGGAGGGCAACUAAACGCCGCAAGAGCUCCACCAUGUUUGCAUCCUCCCUCCAGGAGUCAUCCAAAGGGCACAACUCGAUCACAGUCGAGGUAUACGAGAACCAGCGAUGGUGGGUUGGCAAGUGGAGUGACAAUCUCCUAGCGGUUGAGCGUUAUGCAUGGAGCGACGAGACGGGUACGUCCCGCCGGACUAAGGAGGACGUCCAUCUGCCGCCGCCCGUGAGCGAUGGUGUAUGGCAAUGGUCAUCACUAUGGCGUGUUGAUGCCCGACCAGAGACCCAUGAGACUGAUCCUGAUGGUUGGAUCUACGCGCGGGACUUUGCUUCUGGACAGUGGACGGCGAGCCGGGGGAUGGGGGACUUCGUAAGGAGGAGACGUUGGUCGAGGACUGCCCGACUGGUCCCUGUGGCUACUUCCAGCAGUGUCUCUGGUCCGGUGAAGGGCGACAAUCAUAACCCACCCGAUGGGAACGGGUUAAGGCAACGACCGCAGCAAAUCGAAGAGAUCGAGAGCAGGUCUCGAGAUGAGCGCCGCAGCCGCCGUAGAAGCAGGUCCCGAGAUGAGCCCACACGGCAUGAAUCCCGGAGAACGUCUGAGGAUCAUGCUGAUGUUGAUGAACUGCGUCGGAGAGUUAGGAAGCUCGAAGAGGUCAACAAGCAGCUCAGGCAUGAGAAUCUGGAGCUCAUGCGACAGCUUGUUGCCAUGAAGGAGAACUCUAAAGGUACUGGAGAGUCCGAACCCGAGAAGGAUGCAGCGCAAGGGCCCCAAAAGGCAGAGGAGGAGAUGAGGAAGGAUGAGGAGGAGGCCGUGGCGAUGACAUUCAACUGCUGCCAACUUGUCAACUUCACAGACGAGAUAUUCAAUCAGAAGAUCCCCAACAAUGUCCCGAUCGAACAUCGAGGUCCGACGAUAGAGAAGAAGCUUGCUGACUUUUGUCAAUUCUUCGCUAAGGACGCCAUGGUUGUUGAUGCCAACACCAACAAGCCGAUUCUCGAGGACUUGCGAGAUAUCAGAACUCGAUACCAAACCGUUUUCAGAGAGUCUGGCAGUGACCUAGAGAUACGAACGCUCCGACGAUGGUACUUUGAGGCUGACAAGGAAGGUGCCCCCGAGUACUGCAUCGACUUCGAACAUCAUUCGCAUAUAGUGUCCCCACGACCAGGGCUUCGGCUCGACGGGGCUCUUGGUGUCGUCGGACCGCGUGAUGUGGAUUUGAUAACGCUGUACAAGUCCUCUAAUGGGAAGAUAGACUGUAUGUGGCUUCUCCCGGAUAAAAACCGCAUAGGACAGGAUAAGAUACUCGGCCAAACUGACUUGGAGGAAUCACAAGCUUACGGAGUACUACUUAAAGUUAUCAAGGAGGAUGCUAAGAAGAGCAAGACGGCUGUUCCAACUAAGGUGCACUACUACGACUACAAUAAGGUGCAGACUAUAGGCUGA